UUGUGGUCAAAGCAGUAGCCUAUGAGAGAUAAAAGUUUUGGACUUCAGUGAUGAAGGUCCAAGUGAUAAAGAGCUUUCUCAGAAAUUGGAUACUCUGGAAGGAUAUUUCUACCACUGCUUGAACUGUUGAUACAGUAAGACUGCUGUAUCAUAUACAGUUCAAAUAGCCUGUAGAUGCAUGACCAAGGUAUUCCUGGUUCACGUCCUAGCUUCCAGAGGGGUUGUGCUGACUUUUGAGGAUUUUGACCCAGGGUCUGUUAAAUGUUUACAAAAUUACAAUAGGAUUGUUGUACGUUACUUCACGUAACUAAAUCGUUGUAAAUGAUUUCAAAAUGGUGUCUUGUUUAGUAGUUCUUUGUUAUCAUUUGUCACUUCAUGGCGUGAAUGGGUAAAUUUAUUUAUUUAUUAUUUUAUUGGUGUUUUACGCCGUACUCAAGAAUAUUUCAAUUAUACGACGGUGGCCAGCAUUAUGGUGCGAGGAAACCAAUCAAAGACCGAGGGAAGCCCACAGCCAUCUGCAGGUUGCUGACCGACCUUCCCACAUGUGGCCGGAGAGGAAGCCAGCAUGAGCUGGACUUGAACUCACAGCGACCGCAUGGCUCAUCUUGAUGUGGAUAUGGAGAUACAUGUAUGCCAUACCUUCUGCUGAUGUUCCUAUGCUUUUGUGGAAAUGUUGCAGUAAAGUACCCGUAGGAGCAGAUAACAGUUUUAGCUACUGGUAACCUUGUACAUGUACCUGUUCAUUCCCAGAAUGAUUUGUUAGAAGUAGUCACUAUUUUCCAAUGGAAGGAUAUAAAAUUAACCAAUCAGCUGUGGAAGGAUUUGAAUGCUUGUCUGGAGAAGUUGGUGAUAAUGCAGAGGCUGCAGGAGAAUUGAAAGUUGUGAAGGAAGGAAAGGCAGAAGUAUUGUUUCCAAAGGGUGUAUUCUACAACCCUGUACAGGAGUUUAAUAGAGACAUUACCAUUGCUGUCAUCAGUCAGUAUGCCAAGGAACACUUCCAGAAACUAAAGGAAAAGCAGGAGGAAGAUCCUGGUAUUGAAAAGGUAUCAUCUGAAAACGAACUGUCAUGUGAAGAGAGCUGUGAAAAUGGUCUUCGGAUUUUUGAAGGAUUGGCUGCCACUGGCUUGAGGUCAGUUAGGUUUGGUUUGGAAAUUCCGGAGGUGAAGGAAGUCAUAGCCAACGACUACAGUCAAACAGCGGUUCAGAUGAUUAAAGAAAAUAUCUCGCGAAACAAUCUGAGUGAUAUUGUGAAAUCAAGUUUCGGUGAUGCAGGAAUGAUGAUGUACUGUAACCGAGGAGUGAAAGACCAGUUUGAUGUGAUCGAUCUGGACCCCUAUGGUAGCCCAGCCACUUUUCUGGAUGCUGGUGUCCAGGCGGUAAAAUCUGGGGGACUUCUGUGUGUGACUUGUACUGACACGGCUGUUCUUUGCGGUAAUGGUAGUGAGACAUGUUAUUCUAAAUAUGGAGCUAUGUCGUUACGGUCAAAGUUUUGCCAUGAAAUGGCCCUGCGAAUUGUUCUUCAGUCCAUCGAGUCACAUGCAAAUCGAUAUUCCAGAUACAUUGUUCCAAUCUUAGCUUUAAGCAUAGAUUUUUAUGUCAGAAUUUUUGUGCGAGUUUUUUCAGGUCAAGGGAAGGUGAAGCAAUCAGUCAGCAAAAUGGCAUUGGUUUAUCAGUGCUCUGGCUGCGGAAGUUAUGAGCUUCAGAAACUGGGGACUUGCACACCAACAAGGGGAGGUAACUUCAAGUAUGGACCAGCUUCAGGACCUCCUGUUGGACAAACCUGUCAAAACUGUGGACAUAAGCAUCAUGUUGGUGGGCCUAUUUGGGCAAGCCCUUUGAUUGAUUCUGACUUUGUGGAAAGUGUAAUCAAGAAUGUCUCUGCAGACACAGAAAAGCUGAACACAUCAUCUCGGAUUCUCGGAAUGCUAAAUAUGUGCCUGGAGGAACUGCCAGAUGUUCCACUGUAUUAUGUGACUGAUGAACUGUGCAGGACAGUCCACUGUGUGGUGCCAAACCAGCUAAUAAUGAGGUCUGCUAUUUUAAAUGCCGGGUACCGUGUCUCACAUUCGCAUGCCUGCAAAAACUCUGUGAAAACAGAUGCUCCAAACGAAUUCAUAUGGGACAUUUUACGUCACUGGGUUAAAGAUGGACAUCCUGUGAAGGCCGAUCGUCUUAAGGAUGGAACGGUUGCCAAGGCUAUCCUUGACAAAACCCCAUCCCACACUGUGUCAUUUGACCUUCAUUCUGAUGCUAACCCUCCAUCAAGGACAUUAGGACUGGUGCGGUACCAGGUCAACCCCGAAAGAGACUGGGGGCCCAAAGCCAGAGCAAAAGUAACUGAGAGAUCAUCUGAUGACCCGACAAAUAAACGAGUGAAGAACCAAAAUAAGAGAAGUACUGGCCAGGAUAUCAAAGAGCGUGAUUUCAAACAGUAUCCAUGUAAGAGAUACAAGCAGGGCAAGUGUGCGAAGGGAGACAGGUGUCUAUACAGUCACGCUACCAGCUCUGAAAUGGAUGGGAAUGGCGAUACUUGUGGAAAAAUGACAAGGGAAUACAGCGUUGCUACAGUAUUCCAACAUCUUGAUAGAGAUUCAACAACUGUUAUAUUACUGAAAUAAAGUAGACGUUGAUAUGCCAGAUGGCAGAUCUUUACAUCUGACAUGAAUCUAAAGAAGUUACAUGUACUAUUUUUUUCUGCUGAUAUUAAAGCGUCUAGAGAACUAUAUGACUAGGUAGUGUUGGAUGAAGGUAAAGGCUGUAUUCAGCGCAGCGACAUGUAUGGUUGUGUUUAGUCCAAACAAAAAAUACAUACAGCAACACAUCAGCCAUAUGCGCAUGGUUACAUUUUAAGACGUAAAUUUCACAGAAACGUGUCACGAAAUAAUAAAGCAAUAACAUGAAGCUGUUAGGAUAUAUUUCUACACCCAUUGUCGUAAUAGUUAGCAAUGCAUAAGCACAAGUGAAAUACAUGUAAUUCAUAAACAAUAUUAACUGUACAGACCAAGAAAGUGAAAGAUGAUGUGUUGAACAGCACUUCAUGAUGUGUAUAUAUGAGUUGUUGUAUAGUAAGUAUGUUUUAGAAGUUUAUAGUGUUGUAUAAAAAUUAAUACCCUGACGAAUGAUUGAUCUACAGUUAUAUUAUCUUCAGGCAUACUGUUAUAUGGAACACUAAUUUGGUUCGUGUGUUAAUAAACAGUCGGUGCGUCCUACCAUCAAUCCUAGAAGCUAAUAGUUACAAUUGUCAAUGAAUGAAUACUUGUAUAUUCUUUUUAAAGAAAUGUGGCUUUUUGUAUUUGACUACAAACGCAUGUACAUGUUUAUAAUGCCCAUGUGACCAGGAUGCCAGAUCUAAAAGUUUAAAAUUAUAGUUCAGAUGUGUGAUCCAUAGUUGCCUAAUUCAAAAGUUGCUAGGGUAGAGAGAUUUUUUGUUAACUUUUAUAUACUGCAUAUACGGGUACAGGUGUGUGUACGUGUGUGUGCGCGCGUGUGCGUGUGUAUGUGAAGUGAAACCCGAGGUUUGUAACUUCAGUUUUAUCAGGUUAUGGUGAAUAAAUACAUGUACCAGUACAUAUUAGCGUGAUGAAGUAUCAUCGCCAUUUCAUAGGUUGCAAUGCAAAUUGCCAGUGACCAAGCAAAUUGUAAGUACACCACUCCCCGACCAGUACACGGCUGUUAUAAGAGAUACAAUUUUUUAAAUUUUAAAUUCUUUAAACGUGUACCACUGAUAGAGCGUGUAGCCGUAUUAUAGCUUUUACUGUGUUGUACAACAGUGUUACUUGAAAGCCAAAUGACAAAUAUUACAGCUUUUAUUGAAUAAAUGAA